AUGGCGGCGGCGGCCAAGGAGAAGAAGGAGAUGGAGGAGGAGGAGGAGGAGGAGGAGGAGAAGAAGAAGAAGAAGGAGGAGCGGCCCCCAACAGUGUCCGGGCCCGGACAGAGCGGAGACGGCGGACCAGAGGAGAGCGGGGGGCGCCGACACCAAUUCACGUUGACGGUGCCUUUCCCCAGCCCGCUGGAGGCCCAGAUCGCCCUGGGCGCCCUGGCCCCCGACGAGGAGCCCCGCAAGGGCGGCAUCGCCAAGGAGCUGGCCGUCUCCGGCAGCCAGAUGACCGUGCAUUGGAGCGCAGAAGAGGCCCGCAUCCUGCGCGUGUCCAUCAGCUCCUUCCUGGACCUCCUGAGCCUGGUGCUGCUGACCAUGGAGCGCUUCGGGCCCCCCGUGCCCCGCUGAAGACCCCCACCCCGGAGCCGGGCCCUGAGGCCAAAGGGCUCUGUGGAUCCUGGGGGGGCUCCAGUCCACACCAGCCUGGAGCUCCUCCCCGCCAUCCUCCAGGAAGUUGAGGCUGGCCUUCCCAACUCUUGCCCAGGGGGCCAUUUGGGAUGGAGUUCCUGGGUGAUGUGAAGGAGGGGAGGCCUGGGGGAAAGCCUGGGGCCGUUUUUCCCAGGCUGCGGACUGACUAGGGGCCGGGCCUGGCUCUAGGGCAGCAUCUGGGAAAUUCUGGGAGCUGGGCUUGCCUCGAGGGAGUCCCCUGAGACUCCCGUGGAGAGGGGUGGUCGCCGGGGAUGCGAACGAGUUGGCCCGGCCUAGGUCACGCAUGGCAUUCAGUUCAUCCUUCAGAAAUGAGAUUCUACCAGGGGAAAUAAACAUUUGGCCAAAGCCUGA